AUGGACACUAAGGAUGAAAUUGCCAUUGUGGGGAUCGGAUGCAAUUUUCCUGGAGGUGAGCACUGCUCCUUUAAAUUACAUAUUAAGUUUAAGUCAAUGUGUAGUGGGUGCUCCCAGAGAUCUUUAUAUUAGAACUAACAGGGAAUAUGAUUAUACAGUACUUCUAGUGCAAUGAUACAGCAGCAUUCAUAUAGCAGCUUUUUAAUGAUCAUAAUCGGUAUCGGCUCACGUGGGAAGGCUGAAUCACGGAUGCACACUUCUGAUAUAUAGUUCUAUGAUAAAAUAAUAUAGAAUCAUAAUAUCAUAGAACUGGAAGGGGCCAAGAGGGUCAUCUAGUUUAACCCCCUGCAACGCAGGAAUCAUUUUGCCAAACAUGGGGCUCAAAGCCAUGACCCUAAGAUUAAGAGUCUCAUGCUCUACUGGCUGAGCUAUCAUGUUGAGUUAUUUACUCAGAAUUUUUUAAUUGUCUUAUACAAUGGAACUUUGGUUUUUGAGCAUCUCGGAAGCCAAACGAUUUGGAAGCCGAAUGCCAAAAACCCGGAAGUGAAUGCUUACGUUUUCGAAUGCGCCUCAAGUCGAACGGCUCUUCCAGAACGGAUUACGUUUGACAACCGGGGUUCCAUUGUAGUUUCUGUCAAACGAAUCACACCAAAAUAAUUUAAGUUUCUAUUUUAAUAAAUAAACUAUUGGGAAGUAAAUUCCAGCUAUCUAAAAUAAUAUAUUUUCAACAGGUGAAGGAAUUGAUAAUUUCUGGCGAGUUCUAGUAGAAGGCAGAAACUGUGUUGUAGAAAUACCUCCGGAAAGAUUUGAAAGCAAAAGCUGGUAUGAUCCAGACAGUCACAAACCAGGAAAGACGAGCACAAGACAUGCCGCUUUUACCGAAGAGUAAGUGUUAAUGCUUAAUCACACGAUGGUGGAAAAUAAACUGUGAAUCAGCUCCAAGGAAGCAGAACACUAAACUGUUUUUAAUAUUUUUUAUUGUAAAGUAAUUUGCCUAAACGUACACAUUUGGUGUAUGUUAAGGAAAAUAGAUAAUACAUUUCAAAGACACUUUUCUACGCGUGAUGCCAGUCAUUUUUUCAUAGUAAGCAAAAAUGGUUUUGGAGCUACAGGCUUGAAGCAGUUUUGUUUUAGCUUAAUAUGAUUGUCCCAUGGACGGUACAAUUCCAGAUGAGUUCAAUGGGCUUUGCUCCCAGGUUAACUGGGUAUAGGAUUGCAGCCUGAACUACAUAACUAUUUAAGUCAGUUUAUUUGGAAAUAGAAUUUACUGCAAAUUACACAGUGUGUAAAUUAUUUUCAGAAUCUGUGGCUACAGCAUGUGGGUGCGUGAGAUGGUGGACACUGGCUUAAAAGUAGCUUUGAAAAAGAAUUGGAUCAUAGAAAUUUGUCCAUCAAUGACUAUUACUCAGGAUAACUAAAUGGAACAGCUAUGAGUUUUUUGUUUUGUUUUUAAUCCACAAAUUUAAACUGUUUCAGUUUGUAUUUUAAUAGAUGUGCAGUUGUUUCUUGAACAUCUUAACCAGAAUAUUUUUUAUAUAACCUGUUUACUCAUGGAGGUUUUUAUUGUAUUUCCCUUAACCAUAUGACAAAUUCCAUUUUAUCUCAUUUUUUGGCAAUUAAAGUGUCUAUUUGAACUGGGCUAUCAACUUGUUUUGCUGCAUCUACUUGUUUUAUAUAUAAAACAAUGAAUGAAUGAAUGAAUGAACUUUAUUACGGUCUCAGACCAGAAUUAAAAAAGCAUAGAUAAAAUAGCAGUUAGGAUUUUUUAACCGAUAAUUGUUAGAGCAAAUGAGGACAAGGAAACGGGCAUAGGAUAAAACAUUUGGAUUAAACACGACCUAAAAGCAGCAUUUGAUACAGUCUCUAGAACCAACACGCAAACACAGCUCUUAGAGUCAGGUGCAGCCGCCUAGGACAUCUAACGGACCCUAUUAAUACCUUCAAAGUGUAGCCUUAUGAGGCUUUGCCCUCGGGUGGGAAAAAUAUUGCGCCUGGGAAAGGGAAGUGGGAGUCAACAGACACUCAAGGAAUAGUUUCGGAGAAAAGGCUUUUAUUUCUACCAUCCAUGAGCUGGUAGAAGGAGCAAGUGUGAUAAGUCACAAAAAGCAUGCACAAGUUCACAAUCAUGUGCACAAGCAUAUAUACCCCUUUCCAGUUCCCUCCCCCUUUCUCCUCCCUCAGGAGUUCCUCUGAGCAUGAACAGAAAGCUGUCUUGGGACUAUUGUGGACUCUUGGCACCCUUCCCAGGAAAGGGGGGGGGGUGAGAAGCCAAGGGGUUUUCAGCAUGUUCAGAUAUGUUUCAAUCUCUUGUUCUGGCAUGGUUCCCGGACAGAAAGUAAGUUGCAAUGUGGUUCUUUAGCAAGGCCAGAAGACAUGAGAAAGGCCUGAGAAACAAUGGACUGUUCUCUACCUUUGUUACAGCAGAGCGGAAUGUUUCUGAUGCUUAGCUGCUGAGAAAAUGAUUUUGAAAAGUUUUGAGAAGCUUUGAGCCUGCUUUGGUGGGGGGUGACUUCGGGCCUAGGUGAGGUCACCUGUCCUCACUUUCCUUCAAAAGGAGUCAGGCAAGGGUGCCUAUUGGCCCCUCUACUAUUUAAUUUCUAUCUAAAUAACUUAGUAUCUGGCACUCAAUGACUCAGAACUCCACCCGCCGAAGAUUGCAAAUCGGCAUAUUUCGGUCCUGCUAUAUGCCGAUGAUGCGGUAAUUCUAUCUAGAACCUCCAUUGGACUCAAAAGAGCACUAAGAAAGCUUGCAACAUACUGUGAAACUGAAUGUCUCAAAAUCAACUAUCAAAAGACCAAGAUACUCGCUUUUGGGGAAAAACCAAAGCUUAGAAGCUGGGAACUCCAAGGCCAUAAACUAGAACAAGCCACAAACUACAAGUACAGUGGUGCCUCGCAAGACGAAAUUAAUUCGUUCCGCAAGUCUCUUCGUCUUGCGAGUUUUUCGUCUUGCGAUGCACGGUUUCCCAUAGGAAUGCAUUGAAAAUCAAUUAAUGCGUUCCUAGGAAACCGCCUUCAGACUCAGGUCCGGGGACAGUCUGUCCCCGGACCUCUUCUGAAGGCUGGGGGCAAGGGCUUUUCUUCCCACCCCCAGCAUUUUAAAACCCCGGGACAGCGGAGGACUCUCCGCUGUCCGGGCGAUCUUAAAAUGCUGGCGGGCGGCAUUUUAAAAUCACCCCGGGACAGCGGAGGACUUCUCCGCUGUCCGGGGCAAUUAAAAGCCCCUGGGAAGGCAGGCAGGGGGACAAAGACUUUGCCCCCGCCAGCCUUCAGAAGAGGUCCUGGACCUCUUCUGAAGGCGGGCGGGGGCGAAAGUCUUGCUCCCCCGCCUUCAAAAGCCCUCCGGGACAGGCAGGCAGGGGGAGCAAAGACUUUCGCCCCCGCCCGCCUUCAGAAGGUCUUCCCUCCCCCGCCCGGCUCGGAGCACCGCUCCGAGCCGGGCGGCGGCGGGAGGUCUUCCCUCCCCGCCCGGCUCGGAGCACCGCUCCGGGCCGGGCGGCGGCGGAGGUGUUCCCUCCCCCGCCCGGCUCGGAGCACCGUCCCGAGCCGGGCGGCGGGGAGGUCUUCCUCCCCACCGCCCGGCUCGGAGCACCGUUCCGGCCGGGCGGCGGCGGAGGUCUUCCCUCCCCCCGCCCGGCUUCGGAGCACCGUCCCGAGCCGGGCGGCGGCGGCAGGUGUUCCCUCCCCCGCCCGGCUUCGGAGGAGCCUCCGAGCCCGGCGGCGGCGGGAGGAGGUGUCCCCGCCCCGCCGCCAGGCUUCGGAGGAGGUCCGAGGACAGUGGGGAAGACGCGCUGCGCUUCCCCGCUGUCCCUGAGAUUUCCCUAUGGGCUGUCGUCUUGCGAAGCAAGCCCAUAGGGAAAUUCGUUUUGCGAGCGCCUCCAAAACGGAAAACCCUUUCGUCUAGCGGGUUUUCCGUCUUGCGAGGCGUUCGUCUUGCGGGGUACCACUGUAUCUAGGAAUGGUGGUACAGGCCUCAGGAACCAACAAACUACACAUAAACUCCAUCGGGAGUUCAGCGGAAAAAAACGCAAAUUGUAUCCUUAAAUUCUUCAGAGCACAAGGGGGCUUCUUCGUCCCCACAGCUCUAAAAUUAUACAAGGCCAAAACUUUGGCACAACUACUCUAUGGUUCCUUUUUGGGCCCGCCUUCCUCUGCUUUCUCCCCACUUGAGAGAGUUCAAUUUAUAAAACAAUGUCCAUAAGUUAUCAUCCAAUUUUGAAAAUAACUGCAUAUAAGCAGUGAACACCUGAAUACCACUUGUGAGGUAGCAGAAGAGGACUUUUGCCUUCCUACCCUGCUCAAAAGCUUUUCAGAAGCAUCUGUCUGCCCAAUAUUGCAAAUAGGAUGCUGGACUAGAUAGGCCUUGAUCCUAAUGGCUGCUUAACCAGUCACAGGGUGGGCGGCUUGAAAGCCAGCCACAGCAAGGUCCUAUCCCUGGGGAGCAACGCCUGAGCAAGGUGGUCGGCCAUUGGGGAAUUUCCAGGCCGGCUGCCAGGGAUAUGUGGGCUUUCCUGCCAUCUGUUUAUUUGAAUUUCAUUUUCUUCAGUGUUUUGAUAACAGCUGAAACUAGUGUGGAAUCUGAAAUAUUCAGGCACGUGCAACGUUAUGACUAGGAUCCAAAAUCUAGAAGAAAGCCUCUUCCUUUUGUGGAAGGCCUAUUUCUGAUUCAACAGAAGAGAGUAGUCCUAACUCUAAAUAAGUCCUUUCAUUUGCAAGAACUCUUGCACAAGACUUUGCACUAGCGCUUUUCAAAACCUUUGAGUGCCCCUCUGUAUUCUAAAGCUUGUAUCUUUAUUUACCAUGUGUUUAAUAUAGCCUUUUGCUAGUAUAAAGGUUCAGAACAGCACCCCUACAUUUUCUCCCUCUACUCAUGGUACUUUGGAUCCAAUUCUACAAAUAUUUAUGUCCACUAUCCUAAGCCACUAUUAAGUAGUGGCUCCAAAUAUUCUUCUAUUUUCAUUCUACCUUCCCCAAGAACAAAUGACCAAAUUAUUAAAGCCUUUUCUUUUAAAAUGAUUAAUGGAAAUAAUUUUCUAAAAGUCAAAAUAUUUGAUUGUCUUAUUAAUGAAUGUGCCAUGAGUUGGUUGCAUAUUAUUUUCUCCUACUUACAAUGUUAUUAUCUGACUUCUGUUUUGUAGGUUUAAUGCAUUUGACAACAGACUUUUUGGAAUUAAUGAUGUGGAAGCUGAGCGUAUGGAUCCCCAGCAGAAAUUACUCCUGGAAUGCACAUAUAGAGCACUGGAAGAUGCAGGAGUCCCUAGAGAAAACAUAAGUGGUUCAAAAACAGGGGUUUUUGUUGGUGAGAUGAUAAUUUGAAGCUUAAAACAGUUGCACUAAUUUAGGAGCAUAGACUGGAACAUAUAGGGCUGGUCUACAUAAUUCUCUUAGAUUGCAAUCCUAUACACACUUAAAAAGGUAAAGGUAAAUGACCCAUGACAGUUAAGUCCAGUCGUGAACGACUCUGGGGGUGCAGCGCUCAUGUCUGCAGACAGUUUUUCUGGGUCAGGUGGCUAGCAUGACUAAGCCACUUCUGGUGAAACCAGAGCAGCGCACGGAAAUGCCGUUUACCUUCCCGCCGGAGUGUUACCUAUUUAUCUACUUGCACUUUGACGUGCUUUCGAACUGCUAGGUUGGCAGGAGCAGGGACUGAGCAAUGGGAGCUCACCCCGUCACGGGGAUUCGAACCCCCAACCCUAGGCUCAGUGGUUUAGACCACAGCACCACCCACGUCCACGUACUUACUUGGGAGUAAAUCCCAUUAGCUUAGAUCCUACUCAGUUAUGAAUAGAAUUUUCCUAUUGUGGUGGUGUGUUAAUGAAGUCUUAUGAACACUUAAGGUUCAUUUGCAGAUCACUUAAAAACCCCAAAAAAGUGAUUGGUAAUGGUGAAAUAGCUCCCAAAUAUACAUCAGAACAUUUGAAAAAUGGGUUCAACAUACCAAUAUUUAUUGAACAAAUGAACUUUAAUUGAUGUCAACAGGUAACACAUGCUAAUGUAAUUCAGCCCACUGUUAAAGGCAAUUGAGAGUAUCUAUUGCUGACUACACAAUAUUUUUGAAGAAAAUGUGAAGUUGUCUAGACAGUAAAUAUAACUGUGCUUAAGAGCAUUACAAGCUAAAGAAAGUUUAAACUGAUAUAACUCAAGAAACAAACAUGUAACUAUUGGUUACAUGAACAGCACUGUUGAUGGUGAUUAAUCAGUUACAUGAUUUGCAGUUUUAAAAAAUAAAGUCUAGUGUAUUAAGAGAGCUGUUGGACUUUAUGAUCAUUAAAAGAACUUCUGUGACUAUCAGCUGCUUUGAAUAGAACAUGUAAAUAUGGAUUUUAUAGUAAAUAAAACACAUAAAUAAUACUACGCUAUAAAGCACCAUUUAUGCAGUAUUUCCAAUAUUCAGUUCAAAUUUGAGGAAUAAUACAGUUUUCAUAUUAUUAGUGAUGUAUGUAAAACAUUCUUGUAAAACAUGAUCAUUUGUACAGCAACCCUGUUAGGUAGGUGAACUGCAUUCAGAUUUUAUAUACUGGAGACCUGCGGAGAGAUUAGCAGAGAGCUAGGAAAUGCAAUUUAUGGUGGAUUUAUUUUUUUUAACCCUAGUCUCACAACUCAAAGUCUAUCCACUUAGCUGAUCAGUACUCACAAACCUGAAUAGCUGCAUAGCAUUCCCUUACGAAGAUGACUCAUUGAAAAGCCUAAUCUUGUUGUGUAGAUUGAAGCAUGUUGUGUGUGGCAGAUCUAGAGCAAUAAAUGCAAUCAAGUUGUUCAGAAUGAAUACUGUACUCUCAAUGUACUAUGCUGGUAACACAGUACAUCUUUGGUAUUCACAGGUAUGAUGAAUCAAGACUACAGGCUAAUGAAUGGCAGAACCCCCACUGAAGCAAGCCACUACGAUGGCACCGGGACAGCAAUGAGCAUAGCUGCUAACCGGAUUUCAUAUACAUUUAAUCUGACUGGGCCAUCAGUUGCCAUCGACACGGCUUGCUCCUCAUUUUCUUAUGCUUUGCACUUUGCUUUGCAUGCAAUUAAACAAGGUAAUGAGAUCUAAUAGUUUUCCACUCGUUCAUAUUCUUCCUUUCCUCUAAGGACCUCAAAGUGGCAAACAAGUCCCCACUGCACGCGAUAUUGCCUCUUAUAUUGCCUCUUAUUCCCUAUUUAGCAGCAUCAGUUGCAAGGCACAGUAAAAUAUUGGAAUAUGUUUCUGGAAAGGCCUCCCCACCCCCACCCCCCGCCAAACCCCCAGCCUUCUGAAGGCCACAGGCACUCACAAAUAAGACUGACAUAUUUCGAAGUAUAAUUCUGGGAUUUAUCUUGGUCUUCCUUACACUAUGCAUAUUGUGGACCAGUUAUAUUAUGUCAUGUCACACAGGGUGCAUUUUGUAAUUUAGGUAUGUUGCCUCACAGACCAUAAACUCCAGUAGGCAAGCACUGAGUGGAAGUGAGAGAGAAAAGAGCUUAUAGGAAUGAUGUGGCUAACCGUAAGUUAGGAAAAUAAUAUUAUAUUAAUUUAGUGACAAGACGUAGACAUUUGCUUUACUCACACUAGAACAUUUUAAAGAGAACAACACAUUUCCCCUCACAAACAAUGAGAGACUUACUGUUGCGUGUUGAGACCCCGAAACCACCCCUUCAUUGAUGAAUAAGACACAAGGGCACAGGUAUUAGGUUAAAUGUUAUUGGGCAAAUUUAGGCCACAGCUUUAUUGGUUACAGAAUGUGAGCUUUAUUGGCUUAGGCAUUGGAUUGACCCGACUACACCUGACUCCUGCUCGUCACACAGGGAGUCCGGUAAGGGUCAACCACGGAUAGGGGGAGCCCCGUCCAUGCAAACCAACUCGAGUUAACCCAGGGUUCCUGAUGGGGUCGUGGCAUGGCCCUAGCCCUGCCCCAGGCUUCGGACAAGAUUCACACCCCUGGAUUCCUUUAACGGAAUGCCCUUAAGCUUGGAGGGGCAGGUAAAUGUGUAUGUUUGUAUACCGAUGUAAUCUUUUCAGAAGACUAAAUACUGAGCCUUAUGCUGAACAGAAAUGCAUUCAUUACUGUAUUUUACCCUACAGGAGACUGCGAAGCUGCUCUUUGUGGAGGAGUGAGCUGCAUAAUGGAACCACAGGUCUUCGUCGCUCUUAGUAAAGCAAAGAUGCUAUCCCCUGAAGGAGUCAGCAAACCCUUUUCUAUAAAGGCCGAUGGCUAUGGAAGGGGAGAAGGUUGUGGAGUUAUUUUGCUGAAAUCGUUAAAGAAGGUAUGAGUAUAGACACGGGAUUCACAAACUCCUGACUCUUAAUUCAUUAAACCUAGGAAUUAUGUCUAAUUCUAUUUAUAAAAUAGUCAUAGCUGGUAGAAUGUUCACCAUGUCUCAUAAUCUUUGUUAUAAGAGAAAGAGCAUAUCAUAAAAUGUUAACUGAGUCAUAUUGCACUGGCUGUGUUUGCCAUCCCUAUGUUUCACAACUUUAAGAAGCUUUACCUCUUUUCAUCUUCUUUAAAAUAGGCGCAGGAAGACUUCAGCAAAAUAUGGGGUGUCAUCAACGUGAGUGCAGUCAACCAGAAUGGAAGAUCCGUCACACCGAUCACUAGACCAUCUCAAGAGGAACAGGAGAAGUUGCUGCUCAGCAUCUACCCAGAGCGUGUUGAUCCAUCUGUUGUGCAAUAUAUUGAAGCACAUGGCACAGGGACACCUGCAGGAGAUCCUGUUGAGGCAGAGAGCUUAGGUAAUGUCAUUGGUCAAAAGAGGUCUCCUAAUCUGCCCCCUCUCAAGAUUGGCUCCGUUAAAGGGAACAUUGGGCACACAGAGUCAGCUGCUGGGGCAGCAGGCUUAAUCAAAGUUCUUCUCAUGAUGCACCAUGGGAAGAUAGUCCCAUCCUUGCACUUUUCAGAGAGCACCAGCAGCAUAAAUACAGGGAAACUGAAUCUCUCCAUCCCAACAACAGUGGAGAAGUGGGAGGAGCCUGGUGAAUAUGGCAGAGUUGCUGGGAUCAACUGUUUUGGAUUUGGGGGCACCAAUGCCCAUGUGGUUGUCAGACAGUUUAAACAAACCCAGGUUAUUUCUCCAGUCCGAAGGCCUGUCGAAUUAUUUGUCAUUUCGGCAGCUUCAGGAAAUUCUCUCAAACGGGCAAUGGAAGACACAGCUAGGUACCUUAAUACCAGUGAAUCAGCGACACUCCCAAAUCUGGCCUACACAUCUGCUUGUAGAAGAAGCCAUAUAAACUACAAGUACAGAAAAGCAUUUGUGGCAUCUUCACUACAGAAACUAGAGCAACAGCUUUCCCCUGCAGUUGAACUGGAAACAGCUCCGCUGAAGAAACCACCACAAUUAAUUUUUGUAUUCUCUGGUAAUGGUCUGGAUCUGAAAGGGAUACCUGAGAUAUUGCUAAGGACUGAGCCAGUGUUUAGAGACAAAUGCAAAGAAAUAGAAAGGCUGUUUCUAGAAUACCUUCCCACAGGAAUCCUAAAAUCAAAAGAAAAUGAAUACAAAGAUUUCUCCAGGCCUGAAGUUGCCCAGCCCUUACUCUUUACACUGCAGGUGGCCUUGGUUACACUCCUGCAACACUGGGGCGUUAAGCCAAUUGUUGCUGUUGGCCAUUCAGUUGGCGAAGUAGCUGCUGCCCAUUGUGCUGGCUUGAUUUCCCUGGAAGAUGCUGUCAAAGUCAUCUACCACAGAAGCAGGCUACAGGCUAAAGUCACUGGAGGCAGAAUGCUGGUGGUUGGCAACAUUCCCGUUGCAGAGGUGUCAGCAGCCCUUGGAGCAUAUUCCGGGAAAGUCUGCGUUGCAGCGUUUAACAGUCCUUUGUCUUGCACAUUAUCAGGAGAUGAAGUGUCUAUCCAUGCCAUUCAGAAAGAUCUGGCUGAGCACUUCAGUAAAAGAAACAUAUUUCUUCAUGUUUUAAAUGUGCCAGCUGCAUAUCACAGCCAAAUGAUGGAUCCAGUACUAACUGAGAUAGCAGACAAUCUAUCAGAAUUAAAGAAAGGGAAGCCAGAGAUUGACCUAAUCUCGACAGCAACAGGGAAGGCCUUUUCAGAUGGUGAUUUUGUUACAGGCACCUACUGGGCCAGACAGGUUCGGGAUCCUGUUUUUUUUGCAGAGGCUAUAACAGCUGCAGCAAAAAGCAGAGAUGAUCCUGUAUUUGUGGAAAUUGGUCCCCAGCGUGCACUGAAAAGAUAUAUAAUUGAAGUAUUAGGGACACAAGCUAAAGUUUUUCCUUCCUUGCACCUUGACAAAGAAUAUAUGACACUUCUCACACUUGUUAAAGGCCUUUUUGAAUUGGGUGUCAAUCCAGAUUGGGAGAACAUUUAUGCAGGAUAUCAGGGUGUACCAGCAGCCUACCCCAGGUAUCAAUUUGAUCAUAAGAAGCUCAUGUCAUUUUUAAACAGGCUCCAGCAGCCAACUCAAACCAAGCUGAACGCAAACCACCUGUCAAUUCAUAAUGUCAGCAACGGCAGUUCAGAAUUCAAGCAUUCCAUAUCUCAGACAGUGACUCCCUAUUUGUACGAGCACAAGCUCAAUGGUGUUGCUCUGGUUCCUGGUGCCUUUUUUGUUGAACUUGCUUUGUCAGCUGUGAUGGCUAGCUCAGGAAGAAAGGAGCCCUUAAGUUUGUGUCAGAUGAGCAUGAAGUUUGAAUCGCCUUGUGUUUUAAGUGAAAAUUCUCAUGAUUUGAAGCUAACAGUAGUAUCACAAAAGGAAAAAAAAGAUUUCAAAAUACUGUCCUCAUCUGGUGCGGUAUAUGCAUCUGGACAGAUCACAUGGAACCAAGAAACCUUUCUUGAAGAAAAUAACAUUUCAUAUAGACAUGUUUUUCAGCGUUGUAAAUCAAUUGUCAGAAAGGAUGAAAUAUACGAAGCAUUAUCUCGUUUUGGAUUUCAGUAUGGUUCGGUAUUCAAGCAGCUAAGUGAUGUGUUUUAUUGUGAAGAACUGAAGGAAGCCAUAACCAUCAUUAAGGUGAACAAGCAAACCAGGGAAGAACUGCACAAGUCUUUUAUUCAUCCAGUGAUAUUAGAUUGCUUUCUGCAAAUGAUUGGUGUGAUGACCACAAAAAUCAGGAACAACUGUACAGGGUUUCCUUCCAACAUAGGCAGCCUUGUAAUUGUCCGACCUUUGGAAGAGGAAAUGAUGAUAUAUCUGAAAACAAGUAAGUCUACUGAGAACUAUUUAGAAUUUUGUGGAUGCUUCACAGAUAAACAAGGCUCUGUUUUGGUUGAGAUUAAACGUGUUGGGAUCACUCUUCUGAAGAGAAUGUCCAAUAGUCAUGAUGCUUUCCUUUUUGAAAAUCAGUGGAAAGAGGUAACCCCUUCCCGGAUUAUCCAAACCUCUGGAGAUGCACCCAGAGCUGCAGUGUUUGCUGACAAAAUUGGAGUUUCUCAACAGCUCAAAAAAUAUUUACAUAAAGAUUCUAGGUUUUUGAUGUAUGAAGACUGGGAGCAAUUACUGGUGUCAGGAAGCGCAAAUUCAGCUGCUCAGGACAAAAUUAGGCUAGAGGUACAUGACUACAGUGAUGUUUUGUUUAUGUGGGGAAUUCAAAGAUCAAAUGGAGAAAAUCCUGAGAGUGUUGUUGCAAGCUUAUCCAAAUGUUGUGAAGCUUUCCGGCAACUUGUCGUUGCAUUGAGAGAGAAGAACAGUCAUGGUUCCAUCAAGAUAAUUACAUAUAGAGCAACAGGCAGGACUGUAGACCACAUUAACCCUGGCUUGGCUUUGUAUGGGAUGGUAAGAUCCUGCAUUCUUGAAGUUCCUGAAAUCACAUUUCAGAUUAUUGAUAUCGGUUCAACAAGUACAAUGGACAUAGCAGUUUUAGCAGAUGUUUUAGUAGAAUAUGAAGCAGAUAAAUAUGCUGAAGUCUGGAUUAAUCAGGGGAGAAUUUACACUUCUGAAAUUAGAUGUACACAGGUUGAUGACAGGUCCUAUAAUGAUCCUUCUCAGUCUCUUCAAGAAUCUGAGCUGUCAACUUUUUAUACUUGUGAGCCUCAUGAAGUAAGACAUCUAUUUGCCGAGCCAGCUGACCACAUUGAUAUUUCUCUUAAUAAUCACAAUGUUGAAGUGCAAGUUGAGAAAAUAAAUAUCCAUUCUGAAGACUAUUAUCCUGUUAGUGUUUCCAGCUGUAACUUUGGAAACACAUUAUACUGGAAUUCACAGACCAUUGAUAAAUACAGGUUCUUGGCUCUGGACUACAGUGGAACGGUGGUUGCAACAGGCAGUGAUGUAAAAAAGAUCAAAGUGGGAGAUCAUAUUGUUUCAUGCUACCCAGUGGCUGCAUCUUCAAGAAUCAGGAUUCCAGAAGCAGUGUGUUUCAAAACCCAGAAAUUUCCAUGUUUUCAAACUGUACCUUGUGUCUCCUUCUUCAGGAUAGGAUGGGAAAUUUUGCACCAGAUGUUACCAAAGAUGAAACGGAAUAGAUUUUUAGGCAUUAUUUCUGAUGAACCACAGUCGGUUUUGUGUAAAGUGCUUGCUUUGUCAGCUCAGGAACUGGGCUGGAACACCUUAUGUACAGCACUUGACAGCAGCCUGGAAAAAAGAGUAGCUCAAUGUAACACCCUUGUCUUUCUGCCCUUCCUAGAAAGAUUACCGAAAGAUGUCUUAGCCCGUCUUUCACAUCUUCAGGAUGUUGUGGUAAUCGAUGGCAACCACCAUUCUGAACACUUGCGAUCUCUAAUUGGAAGCGGUCAUGAAAACUUUCAAAUUCAUAUUCUCAGUCUUGCAACCAUUUUUCAGAAAUCAUCUCUGAAACAUUCCCACAAGCCUUUCAGUGAGUGGUUGAAAUCAAUGCAACGCAGGCAAUUCAAGGACUUGCCUUGUUCCGUUUUUCAGCCGACAGAAAACAGUGAGAGCAUAGACACGAUAACAUCCUACUUUACCUGUAAGGCUGUCUCAUUUGCUGUGCUGAAAAGCAAUGGGCAGAACAGGUGUAUUUCUGACAUACCAGUGCGUGAAGCAAAGCGGAAGAUGUUUAAGCAGAAUGCUGUUUACAUAGUCAUAGGAGGACUCACUGGGCUUGGCUAUGAAACUGUUAGAUUUAUUGCUCAAAAUGGAGGAGGAUGCAUCGCGAUCCUUUCAAGGAGAAAGCCCAGCAUUGAAAAGCAGAAGGAAAUAAGUGAUUUGCAGAUUCAGAACAAGUGGUGCAAUAUCAUCAGUCUGCAGUGCAAUGUGACUUUUUGGCCUGAGGUUGAGAAAGCAAUCAGUUCAAUCAGCAAAAUCUUUCCAAAGUGUCCAAUCAAAGGUGUUUUCCACGGUGCUGUGGUUUUGCAUGAUGGGGGCAUUGAAAAUUUGACGCUCUCUAGCUUUGAGAAAGUUUUAAGCCCAAAGGUUGCUGGUGCCAUCAAUCUGCACCACGCCACUCAGGGACAGGUUCUUGAUUAUUUUGUAUGUUAUUCAUCUGUAGCUUCCUUCCUUGGAAAUGCAUUGCAAGCAAACUAUGCUGCUGCCAAUUCCUUCCUGGACCUUUUCUGCCAAUUCAGAAGAAACUGUGGACUGUCAGGACAAUCCAUCAACUGGGGUGCCUUGAAUCUGGGACUACUGGACGGUAAAAAUCAACUUCAAAAAUUGGUGGAAUCAAAGGGUAUAUCAAUUCUGCAAGUGGAUGAGAUCCAUGAGAAUCUUAAAACAAGCUUAACUCUGAACCACCCUCAGCAAGCUGCCGUGAAGCUGAACUUCAAAACAAUGAUCAACAAUUACUAUCGUCAAAUUCCAGCAAUCAGAAGUCGCCUGCAUACAAUUAUGAUAGAACAUUUUGGCAGUCAGGCUGAGCUUUUUGAACAAGCCACGUCCAAGGAUUUAGCUGCACUAAAAUCUGAAGACUAUAUCAUAUCAUUGGUGAGUCAGCUCACUAGUACAGAUCCAAGUGACAUUGCAAUGAAUACACCCCUUUUGUCCCUUGGCAUAGAUUCCAUGUUGGCCAUGACUCUGCGCAAUCUCAUUUAUCUAGAACAAAAGGUUGAUAUACCACUUGUGAAAAUUCUUGAUCCUCAUAGCACAGUGCCUAGUUUAGCACUGCUUUUAGAAGAAUGUUCUAAGGAACCUGGGGAACCCAAGUGA